CAAAAGCGAUGACGCCACAGGCAAAGAUCCUAAAAUCAAGUUCAUAUGACAAUCUGAAACGAAGGGACUCCUGUUUGUCGGGCAGAAACAAGAUCGCACAUCAGUUACAGCCUGGAUCAAAACAUCCGGAAGAGCAUCUGUCUCCUCAGAUGAUUGACGUUGGCGAAGAAUAUGGUCUCGACGAACAUUCUCCCUUGCUCCAAAAGAAUCACUCUGGGCCACCCACAGCCCAAAGGACCACCAGGCGCUAUCUAAUCAGAAGACCGGGCAGAGUUCAACAAUGCCUCGAAAGCCGGCAGCAAACGUUCUCAUCACGUUGAGUCUGGUCCUGCUUUUCGGAAUCGUACUGGUCUUGUUGCUGCCUGUUGCCCAAGUACCCAUCAGUGCCAUACUGCCCCCCACUGUCCGAAAUGGCGAGCAGACACUCCGAGGCGAUUAUCUUCUGGGUGUGGGAAAGGCUGAUAUUACAGGCCCGGUGGUGGAAAUCAACAUGAUGGGAUAUGCUGAUACAGCCCAAUCAGGCACCGGCCUUCGACAACGUAUUUACACGAGAGCUUUCAUCAUCGGGAGUGUGUCAGAUCCCUCAAGGAGAGUCGUUUACCUUGUUCUUGACACUCAGUCUGGUGAUACGGCAAUUCGUGAUGGCAUUUUGCAGAACCUCCGAGCUCUUGGUCCAGAUUACGAUGCCUACACCAAAGACACUAUAGCUGUGACGGGCACGCAUAGUCAUAGCGGCCCAGGCGCUUGGUUAAACUAUUUGCUCCCCCAAAUCACGAGCUUGGGGUUCAGCAAAGACAGUUACGAAGCAAUUGUCAAUGGCUCGGUCCUCGCCAUUCAGCGUGCUCAUCAAAGCCUUACGCCAGGCCGUCUAUCAUAUGGUCAGAAAGAAGUGAACGAUGCCAAUGUCAAUCGAAGUCCAUCUGCAUACCUUCGCAACCCCGAAGCAGAGAGAAGCCGAUACUCCAGCGAUGUUGACAAGAUUUUGACCCUAUUAAAGUUCGAAAGCGCGGCAGAUGGCCAGCCCCUUGGAGUCUUGACCUGGUUUGCCGUACAUGGCACUUCUCUUUAUCAAAAUAACACACUUAUCACCGGAGACAACAAAGGUGUAGCUGCAUAUCUGACCGAAGAGUCCAUGAGAAACAUCAACACCGAUUUCGUGGCAGGCUUCUCGCAGUCCAAUGUUGGUGAUACUUCGCCAAACGUGCUGGGCGCGUAUUGCGAAGAUACCGGUUUCCCAUGCACUUUUAAUGACAGUACGUGUGGUGGACGAACUCAGACUUGUCACGGUCGAGGACCCUUGUUUCGAGAGAUCGACCAAGGGACUAAAUCAUGCUUUGAAAUCGGUAAUCGUCAAGCAGCAACAGCCCGAGAUCUGCUCCAUAGCAAAGACUUGGAAUACCUACCGGCCUCGACCAUAUCCUCCUUUCACACAUAUGCUAACCUCUCUUCCUUUGUCUUUACCUCUCCCAUCAAUGGGUCUCGGAUGCUCCGGACCUGCUCAGCUGCCCUGGGGUACGGCUUCGCUGGUGGAACGACGGAUGGGCCUGGAGCAUUUGAUUUCUCCCAGGGUACCAAUGACACAGAUGACUCACCUUCUCUCAAAAAUCCAUUGUGGAAGCUCGCACGGAGCUUCGUUCAUCCACCGACAGACGAGCAGAUUGCUUGUCAAACGCCCAAACCGAUCCUUCUCGACGUGGGUGCUGCCAAAAGCCCUUAUGCUUGGUCCCCAAAUAUCGUCGAUAUUCAACUCUUGAGAAUAGGUCCCUUGAUCAUCAUCGUGGCGCCAGGCGAGGCCACUACCAUGUCAGGUCGGCGAUGGAGAGAAGCCAUAGCUCAAGCAGCGCCAGCUGUGUUGGGCAUUGAGCACCCGAAAGUGGUUCUUGGAGGACCGGCCAAUACUUAUGGACAUUACAUUGCCACCGAAGAGGAAUAUGGAGUGCAGCGAUAUGAAGGGGCUAGCACCCUAUAUGGACCACACACCUUGGCGGCAUAUAUGAAUUUGACGUUGACGUACCUCCCAUACUUGGGAUCUGAAGAUGAGACGUCAGGUCUGGAUCGACUCCCUCCCGGCCCAAAUCCUCCCAUCAAUGUCAAUACUUCCCUAUCGUUUAUCCAACCGGUUGUUGUGGACAAUGCUGGACUUUUCCGUCGGUUCGGGCAAACACUGGAGUCACCAGACCCUGCCCGGGUCCACCUGCCUGGAGAAGGGGCCCACGCUCUAUUCGUUGGAGCUAACCCUCGCAGCAAUUUUCGUCUCGAGGGUACGUUUGCUGCUGUUGAGAAAUUCGACACAAACGAUGGCCGGUGGGUAGAGGUGCGAUCUGACCGAGAUUGGCAUCUGCUCUAUCGAUGGGAACGGAAAAGUACAACAUUGGGAACAAGUGAGGUUGCCAUCGAGUGGGAGAUUGAACCUCACACCGAGGCUGGGAUGUACCGGCUGAAGUACUACGGCGAUGCAAAGUCUUUGACAGGAUCAAUCACUGCAUUUGAAGGUAUCAGCGGUGUUUUCAACGUUGGCGGCGACAGCGCUCGACAGGACGGUUCGUGGUCUUGGAGAGAUGAGCUCAUCCGCGGUCGAGCUUGACAGGAUGGAGUGAAGGUUGGUUUUGUCAGUACUGGUCUGGGCUAUGCGCUGUAGCAUCUAUGCAUGUUUAUUGGCUUCAACAUCGCUCAAGAUACCCCUUUGUUAACAUGGUCUAUUUCAAUCGACUCAAC